UUUAGAAACAGCUGGUCAACCACCUCAGUAGCUUGCUAGCCAACAUAGCCGAAUGAUUCAAGCUAUUUACACGCUUUCGGUCUAUAUUAGCUACUGUGUUUUAGGCACACUUCUGUCGUAUCUACUUGUAAACCUAUUUAAUUUAAUAUUACGUUAUUUUGUAUUAGUCAGCUAUAGUAGCUGGCUGGUUAAGUUAGCAUUAGCCUAGUCGCUAAUGAUAACUAACAUCCCGGAACAUGAGCUCCCUAAACUACUCUCCUCCUGUUAAAGAAGAGGUCUGCUGGACGGAGAAAGAAGCUCUGGGGCUGAACAUUGUCGUGAAAGAGGAGAAGGAAGAGGAGGAUGUUACAGUUAAACAAGAAGUAGAAGGUGAGGCUGUUACUGUGAAAGAAGAAGAGGAGGAUGUCUCAGUGAAAGAAGAGGAAGACGCGUUCAGAGUGAAAGAGGAGGAGGAUGUUACAGUAAAAGAAGAGGAUGCAGUUUUUGAAGUGGAAGGAGAGGAGACAGGAGAGAGAUGUGACCAUCGUGGAUCCUCUGGGGAGCCUCAACAACAUCAUGAUGCUGAUGAGGCAGAGAAGAGUCUCUCCGGAUCAGAACACCUCAAGAAACACCAUCAGAGACCCACAGGAAGGAAACCUCACUGCUGCUCUGACUGUGGGAAACAUUGCAAAUCUUCAUCAAAACUAAAAAUACACCAGCGAGUACACACAGGAGAGAAGCCUUAUAGCUGUGAUCAGUGUGGCAAGAGUUUUACUCAGUCAAGUAGCCUGGUAUCACACAAGAGAACCCACACAGGAGAGAAGCCUUAUAGCUGUGAUCAGUGUGGCAAGAGUUUUACUCAGUCAAGUAGCCUGGUAUCACACCAGAGAACACACACAGGAGAGCAGCCAUAUAGCUGUGAUCAUUGUGGCAAGGGUUUUACACUGUCAACCAACCUGGUAUCACACCAGAGAAUACACACAGGACAUCAGCCAUAUAGCUGUGAUGUAUGUGCAGAUAGUUUUACUACAUCAAGUCAGCUGGUAGUACACCAGCGAGUACACACAGGAGAGAAACCUUAUAGCUGUAAUCAGUGUGGGAAGAGUUUUACUCAGUCAAACAGCCUGAAAUCACACCAGAGAACACACACGGGAGAGAAACCUUAUAUCUGUGAUCAAUGUGACAAAAGAUACUCUCAUUCAAGUAGUCUGAUUAAACAUCAGAAAAUACAUGCAGGAGAUCCACAGAGUGUGGAAUGAUCUGCAACACCAGACCUGGGUAGUAGAACACAGUGUGGAAUGACCUCCAACACCAGAUUGAUACAGUUGAAGUCGGAGGUUUACAUACACCUUAGCCAAAUACAUUUAAACUCAGUGUUUCACAAUUCCUGACAUUUAAUCAUAGUAAAAAUUCCCUGUCUUAGGUCAGUUAGGAUCACCACUUUAUUUUAAUGUGAAAUGUCAGAAUAAUAGUAGAGAGAAUUAUUUAGUUCAGCUUUUAUUUAUUUUGUCAGAUUCCCAGUGGGUCAGAAGUUUACAUAAACUCAAUUAGUAUUUGGUAGCAUUGCCUUUAAAUUAUUUAACUUGGGUCAAAUGUUUCGGGUAGCCUUCGAUAAGCUUCCCACAAUAAGUUUUGGCCCAUUCCUCCUGACAGAGCUGGUGUAACUGGGUCAGGUUCAUAGGCCUCCUUGCUCAAACACACAUUUGAAUUUAUUUCACCUUUAUUUAACCAGGUAGGCUAGUUGAGAACAAGUUCUCAUUUGCAACUGCGACCUGGCCAAGAUAUAAGCAAUUCGACACAUACAACAACACGUAGUUACACAUGGAAUAAACAAAACAUACAGUUAAUAAUACAGUAGAACAAAAUAAAACAAUAAGUCUAUAUACAGUGAGUGCAAAUGAGGUAAGAUAAGGGAGUUAAGGCAAUAAAUAGGCCAUGGUAGCAAAGUAAUUACAAUUGAGCAAUUAAACACUGGAAUGGUAGAUGUGCAGAAGAUGAAUGUGCAAGUAGAGAUACUGGGGUGCAAAGGAGCAAGAUAAAUAAAUAAAUACUGUAUGGUGAUGAGGUAGAUAGAUGGGCUGUUUACAGAUGGGCUAUGUACAGGUGCAGUGAUCUGUGAGCUGCUCUUUACACAUUUUCUAUGGGAUUGAGGUCAGGGCUUUGUGAUGACUACUCCAAUACCUUGACUUUGUUGUCCUUAAGCAAAUUUUGCCACAACUUUGGAAUUAUGCUUGGGGUCACUGUCCUUAUGGAAGACCCAUUUGCGACCAAGCUUUAACUUCCUGACUUAUCUCUUAAGAUGUUGCUUCAAUAUAUCCACGUCAUUUUCCUUCCUCAUGACGCCAUCUAUUUUGUGAAGUGCACCAGUCCCUCCUGCAGCAAAGCACCCCCACAACAUGAUGCUGCUACCCCCAUGCUUCAUGGUUGGGAUGGUGUUCUUCGGCUUGCAAGUCUCCCCUUUUUCCUCCAAACAUAACGAUGGUCAUUAUGGCCAAACAGUUUUAUUUUUGUGUCAUCAGACCAAAGGACAUUUCUCCAAAAAGUAUGAUCUUUGUCCCCAUGUGCAGUUGCAAACCGUAGUCUGUCUUUUUUUAUGGCGGUUUUGGAGCCGUGGCUUCUUCCUUGCUGAGCGGCCUUUCAAGUUAUGUCGAUAUAGGACUCGUUUUACUGUGGAUAUAGAUACUUUUGUACCCGUUUCCUCCAGCAUCUUCACAAGGUCCUUUGCUGUUGUGUUGGGAUUGAUUUGCACUUUUUGCACCAAGUACAUUCAUCUCUAGGAGACAGAAUGCGUCUCCUUCCUGAACAGUAUGACGGCUGCGUGGUCCCAUGGUGUUUACAUGUGCAUACUAUUGUUUGUACAGAUGAACGUGGUACCUUCAGGCGUUUGGAAAUUGCUCCCAAGGAUGAACCAGACUUGUGGAGGUCUACAAAAACAAUCUGAGGUUUUGGCUGAUUUCUUUUGAUUUUCUCAUGGUGUCAAGCAAAGAGGCACUGAGCUUGAUGGUACACCUCCAAUUGACUCAAAUGAUGUCAAUUAGCCUAUCAGAAGCUUCUAAAGCCAUGACAACAUUUUCUGGAAUUUUUCAAGCUGUUUAAAGGCACAGUGAAUUUAGUGUAUGUAAACUUCUGACCCACUGGAAUUGUGAUACAGUGAAAUAAUCUGUCUGUAAACAAUUGUUGGAAAAAAUACUUGUCAUGCACAAAGUAGAUGCCCUAACCUACUUGCCAAAACUAUAUUUA